AUGUUCAAAUCAAAUUUCUACCUCAAAACCCUGAAAUCCCAUCUUCGAAACCCCAGUUUUCAUCCACGUCUUUCGUUUUUGCACAGUCCUGCCUCAAAGAAAUCUUCACUCUCUAACCCUGCAAUUCAAUUUAUCCUAGAUGAAGCUCAAGAAUGUGGAAAUUCGAAACCUCCAAGCUCAAGAAUCCGGACCAAUUUAUCUGCAAAAAAUGGGGAAAAAAUAUUGCCACUUAAAAAUCGUGGCGACACUUCUAAGUUUCAGAUUUCGCAUCCAUGGCCUGAAUGGGUGAACUUAAUGGAAAAGCUAUUGAAGAAUGGGUAUUUUGAGGGAAUUGGAAACCCUUUUGGGAGUAAAGAUGAAAUGGGUCCCAAAGAGGCAAAUGUAAUAAGGACUGCUUGUUUGAAUUUUGCCCGAGACAACUGUCAUCUUAUAAGAUACUUGUCUCGGGAAGAUAUUCUGGUGGUUGCAGCAUCUGGAUGCCCAAGUACAGAUAGGAAAGUUGUUAACUCUGGAAAACGUCUAAGAGCUCAUGUGGGAGUUGAUGAAGGAAAUGCAUGCAGUUCCUGCAUAUUAAGGGGAGAUUGCGAAAGGGCAUAUGUCAUGGCACGUGAGGAUGAAGGUGGUAGGACUGUGGAUGUCAUGCGCUUUGUGUUGGCAUAUGGGCUUGAUCCUGUAUAUUGCUCGGUGGAGAAUAAGCCAUGCUUGAACAAAAGGGUUAAGGAAUCAGUAAGAAAAUUGUUGAAAGAAAUGAUGGACUUGAGGGCUGAGGAAUGUGAUGCUGAACCGCCGAGAGUGACUACCUCUAAAUGGGACUCAUCUAUAGAAGGAAAUGAUGUUGAACAAGAAAGGAUCCAUAACCAGGUUCCAAUGAAGCAAGGCGACUGGAUUUGCCCCAAGUGCCAAUUCCUAAAUUUUGCUCGGAAUGUCAAGUGUUUACGUUGUGAUGGCUUAUUUCAAGAAAGACUAAGAAAGUUAUCAGAAGCACAGGAUCAUCUUCCACCUAAGAAGGGAGACUGGAUGUGUGAUAAAUGCAAUUUUUUGAAUUUUGCUAGAAAUACAAGGUGUUUGCAGUGUAAAGAGAAGCCUCCAAAGAGGCAACUUAAUCCUGGGGAAUGGGAAUGUGAAUCGUGCAACUACAUCAAUUUCAGAAGAAACAUGUUAUGUCUGAAAUGCGAUCACAGAAGACCGAUAGCAUCACAUGCUGUUGGCAAUUCCUCUCAGCCUGUAAGUAAUGCUGUAAACAAUCAUCAGAUGCAGAAUUGGUUUGGGCAACUAAGUAGGGAUGAAGGUGUUAAUUCACGGAAAUUUGUAGAAAGUCACGGUAAAUAUCACGCUGGUUCAAACUCAUGGAAUCAGGUGCCUGAAUAUGUUGAAUUUCCGGUCAUUGGUGGAAAGAGUGAUUUGUCCCGUAAUGUGCAAAAGCAAGAGAUGUGGAAAAUGGAAAUGGCUGGCAAAAGCAGAAUUGCUUCCCGUGCAAGGGAAAAUGCUGGUGAAUUCAAUUCGAUUCAGGUAAAGAAUGAGUUUUUUGGGUCUGAUGAUGAUGAUGAAAUGGCUGACUGGUUCGGGCAUGGAAAAGAUCAAGUUGUUGGGGAUGAUGGUUUCAGCCCUUGA